AUGGCGGACACUGCCUCCGCCCCGACAGCAGCACCCGCGACCGCCGCGCCUGCGACGCCAGCAGGCGGCGCAACAGCAGGGGCUCCAAAUGCGCCUAAUGACCAGAAUGCCGCGAGUCGCGGAUUACCAUACUACGAGAAGUUGCGCCGGGAGCUCAGGGACACAUUGUCCAAGAAGCGAUUGAUGGACAGGAGCAUGGCCGCACUCGAAGACCAAAUUUUCCGCUUUGAACAAUCCUAUCUCGAGGAGACGACCGCCGGCAACAUUAUCAAGGGCUUCGACAAUUACAUCAAAGGAUCGGCUAAUGCAUCAAGUCUCGGCGCUUCGGGUCUGAGUCUUGGAUCAGGCGUUGGCGGGCGUCGUAAAGCGCAAGUCACAGAUUCAGAUCGGGUUUUCUCAAGGAGUUCUGCAAGCUACAUGAUGGACUCGCCUGGCCCUUCUUCCGCACAAACUACACCGUCGCACGCGGCUACGCCUACUUCCAUAGCUGGUGGCAACGCACCUUCAAUGAAGAGCAACGGAGGCGAUGCGUCAGCGUCUGCGAAGAACGCAUCAGUCUCUUCGAAGAAUAAGAAGAAAUCCGGUGGUGGGUCGAAGAAUACCAAGGGGAAAAACCAGACGGAUGAUCUGUCUGAUGAAGACAAACCGCCCGUCAAGCGGUUGAAGAUUAGCUACGGACGGGACUAG